AAGUAGCCACUGCAAGUAGCGAAGCCGGCGAGAGAGGAAUCUGAGGAAGCGACGUUCGUCGCGAGUUUAUUGGUCUCCUUUAUUUGCGAUUGGCAAUACAUACCUGGCACCAUGAGCAACGUUGACGAAUUUUUAGUAGCGGGUCUCGUGUAUAAUUAUUUGUUAAAGAAAGAUGCAUCAUUGGCAACAGUUUUCCAGAAGAAAACGAAAGCGCCUCUCCUGCAAAAAGAAAUUCCAACAUUAUUGGAAAUAUUUAAAUAUUUCCAAAAGAACUCUCCUAAAAAGGUUCCAUUAGUCACACAAGUAACUAAGGAAAGCAGUUCUGAUUCGAGCUCGGAAAGUGAAGAGGAAACGGAAAAAAAUAAGCAAGUUAAUGGCAAAGCAGUUGAGACAGUAGCUCUUAAAAAGGUAACGGAAUCUUCCGAAGAAGACGAUUCUAGCGAAGAUGAAGCACAAACUCAAGAAGUAGCAAAGAAAAAGAAUACAAAUGCAAAGGCUCCUCUGCAGAAAGAAAGUUCUGAUGAGAGCUCUGAAGAUGAAGAACCACCAAAAGUUCAAACAAAAGCUGUGCUACAAGCAAAAACAAAUGACAAAGCCAAAUCUGGUACUGUCGCCAAAGCAGCGAAGGCAGUGUUGAAAGCAGUUGAAUCAAUGGAUAAAUCAUCUGAUUCAUCUGAUUCAACUUCUGAUGAUUCAUCUUCAACGAGUCCUGAUGUUCAAAUAGUAGAUUUAAAAAGUAUUAAACAGUCAGCAAUGAAGACAUCCACACCCAUAACAAAUUCAGCUUCAAAAAUACAAAAACAGAAUAAAUCAGCAACACCGGUUACAAACAAGAACAAAGGUCGUGAUGUGGAUGCAUUGAAUGAGAAUGUACAGAAAAAACCAGUUCUCAGUAAAUCUACAGUGCCAGCAAAACAAAUUGCCAUGGAAGAAUCUUCUAGUGACGACGAUAGCAGCGAGGAACAGCAAUCCAAUGAGAAAUCAGUUUCGUCAGCUACUGCUAUGCAAAAAGAUUCGUCUUCGAGCGAAGAAGAGAGCAGCGAAGAUGAACCUAAGACGGUUGUAACAAAAGCUGCUGUAACUUUGAAGGCACAAAAUCAGAAUAAGUCAGCGCCAGCAAAAGCAAUUAAAAAAUCAGAGUCGUCAUCGAGUGAAGAAAGUAGCGACGAAGAAGAAACGCCCCAAAAAAUAGUUCCCAAUAAACAAGCUGCACCAGUAAAAUUAUCUACCAAGAAAGAGUCUUCGAGCGAAGAUAGCGAUGAUAGCGAAGAUAGCGAAGAAGAGCAGUCUAUUAAGAAACCAACUCCAGUAGCUGCCACCAAGAAACCAAUUCCGACAGUCGCUGCUAAGAAAUCAACUCCAGCAAUCACCGCUAAGAAAACAAAAUCUUCCUCGAGCGAAGAAAGCAGCGAAGAUGAAAAACCCCCUAUUAAAAAACCAACUCUCGCUAAUCAAAGUACUGCUAAUAAAAUUAGUUCUAUAAAGAAGAAAGAUUCGUCAAGCGAGGAUUCAGAAGAUGAAUCCGAUGAAGAAGAGAAACCAAUGACAGUGGCAUCUAAUAAAAUGUCAGCUGUCACUAAUCAAAAUACUGCUAAUAAAAUUAGUUCUAUUAAGAAAAAAGAUUCGUCAAGCGAGGAGUCGGACGAUGAGUCUGAUGAAGAAGAGAAACCAGUGACAACAGCAGUAUCGAAAGGGGCGAUUAGUAAAACACAGAAGAAGAAAGAAUCUUCCAGCGAAGAUUCAGAUGAUUCGGAAGAUGAGGCACCGACAACAGCACCGGCCAAGACAGUCGCCAAAAAAGAAUCCUCAAAUGAAUCUAAUUCAGACUCUAGCAACCCCAAUAAAGAGAAGAUAAAAGUUCACACACCAGCUGACAAGGGACAAAAAAGGAAACAUACUGAUAAUGAUGAAGAAAAAAUACCAGCAAAAGUUACAAAAAAUAGCUAUGGCAACUUUGUGAAAGCUAAUAGUGGUAGUCACUUCUAUGGAAAUAAGCCGCAGAAAAAUCGUACAUAUCAGCGUGUGAAAAGCGAGGACAUCAUGUUGGACCCUAAAUUGGCUAAUAAUUCGUUUGAAGCAAAGAAAGGUGCAAGAGGAUCAUGGGGGGAACGCGCUAAUGAUGUAUUGAAGUUUACAAAGGGCAAGAAGUUUCGACAUGAGAAACAAAAAAAGAAGCGUGGUUCUUACCGCGGUGGGCAUAUAGAUACACGUGUUAAUUCCAUUAAAUUCGAGGAUUAAACAAUUACACUUCGUGAUUUUUUUAUUAUUUUCACCAUAUUUAAAUCAGUAAAAUAAUUAAUUAAGUUUAAUACUGACUUAUACUGUAAACAUGUAUGCUAAAAUAUAUAAAACAGUUGUUGUCUAAGAUUUUAAAGAAAAGACGAGAGAUUAUAAUGAAUUCGGUUGAUAUGUUCACUGAUUUAUACACAUACAAAUUGAAGCUGCCAUUGAAUGUACCAAAAUCAUAUAACUAGAAUUAUAUAAUGAAACUUGGAAGCUAGUAAAAUAUUUAGCACAAGUUAGUGUAUUUGGCAAAAUAUGUGUAAUAUUUCACUGACAAGAGAAUGUGCUACAUUGCAGAAGUGAUUUAAAAAAAACUAACAUUACCAGUCGAAAGAUCACGUUUGAAAUAGAUAUUUUAGGUGAUCAAAUCUUGAAAUCCUGUUUCUAUACCCGACAAGGGUCGAAACAUAUUUGGCUAUUUUAACUUAAAUAUAAAAUAUCUCGAGAACAAUGCAUUUUUGAAAAAAAUGUUUCAAAUAAGAGUUAAAUCCUACCCAGUGAGAAAUAAUGGAAUCAAUGUCGAAUCAACGUCAAUUUGAUGAUUUCGAUGUCGAUUUCCUUGUCAUUUCUCACUGGGUAGGGUUUGAAAAGUACCAUCAGAUGAGUUACCAAUAGUUUCCAGUCUUAAUGGGCUCAAUCACAUUAUUCUCGAAAUAUUUCAUGUCUCCAAAUAUGUUUCGGCCCAAGUCAGGUAUAAAAUCCAUGGUAUCUCAAUAUUUGAUCAUCUAGAAUACCCAUUUCGAAUGUGAUCUUUCGGUUGCUAACGUUUUUUUUUUUAUAUCAAUUUUGCAAUGUAGCACGUUCUCUUGUAAGCUAGACAUUUUACGUUACAUUUAAAUUCUGCAUAUAAAUAACUGUAUACAUUUAUACUAUUAUAUUGUUUUUUCAACCGAAUUUGCUAUUACUCGAGAGAAUUAAUGUUAUUAAACAUGCUGUUAUCAAAUCGUACACUUAACAUACCCAUGUUUUAUUCGCAGUUGCUGAUUGCAACAUUCUGUAUAUGUUCUAUGUAUGUUACAAAAGUGUUAAUUUUAUCAAAACAGCUUGCAAAUGCUCGCAAUACAAAAAUGUUUUUGAAUACAUUAU